AUGGCCGACACCGAUCUUGCGCCCAAGUUCGCGCCCUUCGUGGGCAUGGGUGGAAUUGCGGGAGCCAUGAUCUUUGGCUGCAUGGGUGCCGCCUACGGCACGGCCAAGUCAGGCAUUGGUAUUGCCGGCGUGGGAACCUUUAGGCCAGAUCUAAUCAUGAAGUGCUUGAUCCCAGUCGUCAUGUCCGGUAUCAUUGCCGUGUACGCCCUCGUCGUCUCCGUCCUCAUCGCCCAAGACCUGGUCCCUCCCAGUUCCGGCGGCCACUACAGCUUGUUCAGCGGCUUCAUGCACCUUGCCGCAGGUCUUUCAGUAGGCCUUGCCGGUCUCGCAGCAGGAUACACGAUCGGCAUCGUCGGCGACAAGGGCGUUCGCGCUUACAUGGAACAGAGCCGCAUCUUCGUCGGCAUGGUCCUCAUUCUUAUCUUUGGCGAAGUCCUCGGACUGUACGGCCUCAUCGUCGCUCUGAUCCUCAACACGAGAAGCGCCGGCUGA